UGGUGGCGGUAAUGCACCAUUUCCUUGAUUGCCAACCGCCAUAUAACAAUAAGAGAAGAAGCAGCAGCAGCGGCGGCGAGCGAGCGAACGGACGGACAGACGACGAACCUGGCUCGGAGCUGUGUUAAACAGCUCCUGUAGUCUCUGAAGCAGUAUGACCAAUGUGGACCAGGUGGCAGCAGUGGGACAGGUUCUGGUGGACCCAGGACUCGACCUGACCCGGCGGUUCAGAGCAUUAUUUACCCUGAGGAACCUGGGAGGCACUGAAGCUAUAAAAUGGAUCAGUAAGGCUUUCACUGAUGAGUCUGCCCUGCUGAAGCAUGAGCUGGCCUACUGCCUGGGACAGAUGCAGGACAGACAGGCCAUACCCACUUUGAGUGCUGUUCUCAAAGAUGCACAGCAGGAGCCGAUGGUUCGACAUGAAGCAGGGGAGGCUCUGGGAGCAAUUGGUGAUCCUGUGGUUCUGGACCUACUGAAAGAAUACAGUCAGGACCGUGUCAUUGAGGUUGCAGAAACGUGCCAGUUGGCUGUCCGUCGCUUAGAGUGGCUUUACAGUAGAGAAGACAAACAGUUGGAGGAUGGAAAUACAGACAACAACCCCUACUUCUCUGUAGACCCGGCGCCUCCAGCAGUGAACAGGACUGUGUCAGAGCUGCGCUCCGUGCUGCUGGAUGAGAGUCUGCCACUCUUUGAGCGCUACCGCGCUAUGUUUGCCCUGCGUAACCUGAGCAACGAGGAGGCUGUCCUGGCGUUGGGAGAUGGCCUGCAGUGCUCUAGUACUCUGUUCCGUCAUGAGAUCGGUUACGUCCUGGGUCAGAUGCAGCACCCAGCGGCAGUCCCGGCCCUGUGUGCAGCCCUUGAGUGUCCCGGUGAGAACCCCAUGGUCCGACACGAGGCGGCAGAGGCCCUCGGCUCCAUCGGCAAAGAGGACUGUCUGGCUGUGCUUCAGCGUUAUCGUGGGGACAGAGAACGCAUCGUUAAGGAGAGUUGUGAAGUUGCUCUGGAUAUGCUGGAAUAUGAGAACAGUGACCACUUCCAGUAUGCAGAUGAACUGGUCAGGUUACAGGGUUAAAGUCAGUGUGAAAGGUACUGUGUAGGGGGGACGGGGGAGGAGCAGUCCUUUUCUCCACAAAGAUACCGCUGCAUUCAAUACAGCAAAGUUACUGCAAUAGUGGGGAUUUUUGCAUUGUCUUAUUUGCUUUUUUCGUGAAACAGACAAUGGCAUUAGACAGUAAUACAUACCAUCUAUGCACUUGUGUGUAACAACUCGAGGCUAAUUACACAACUCAUCGCUUUCAAUUGUUUGCUUCCAGACAAUAUACUUCUUCUCUACUCCUCUGUCUUAUUCAUACUUAUACUUAUCUGUCUUAGUAUGUGAUAAAACUGUCUGAAGAACUGUAGAUGACAAGCCAAAGACCUUUCUGCUUCUCAUUUGUGGAUGAACAGUAUGUUGGGAAGUACACCGCUGCCAUUGCAGGAAGAGUUCAUUCCAAACUAUUCUGCUACUAAAGUUGUCAGUCUCUCAUCCUCAAUUGGUUGCUUUGUUACCAGAAUGUUGUGGAACAAAGGUUAAUUUGUAUCUCGUGUCAUUUACAGGCAACCAGCACCUUGUAAAUUAAAAUUAUUCUGUCUUUU